AUGAAGAGCUUCACCACCCUUGUCCUUGCCGCCGCCGCAGCCACCGGCGUCAUGUCCGCCGCCGUCAAGCCCGUCGUCCAGCAGCGCAACGCCGGCGGGUUCAAGCUCGCCAGCUCGGUCGUCAACUCCGCCGCCAACGAGCCUUUCCAGAACACUGAGGUCCACACCCUCUCUGCCGGCCCCGACGGCCUUCUUGCCCGUCAGGAGCCCGACCCGAACCGCAACGAGACCAACCCCGACGUCAUCUUCCUGCUUCAGUGCACCGACCCCGGCUUCCGUGGUGACUGCCUCGUCUUCGGCGCUCCCCCCGGUCUCUGCGUCUCCUUCUUCAACUUCAACGCCCCCAACACGACCACGAUCAGCGACCGCUUCAACGACCAGGUCUCCUCUUUGUCCACCAACACUGGCGGAAAGUGCCAGUUCUACAAGUACCAGGGUUGCAACAACAAGGGUGACGACCGCGGUCUCACCUCCUCUUACAACUACAACCUGGCUGUCCCUCUGCCUGAUGACGAGCGUACUGUUGAGUACGAGAACCAGAUCACCUCCUGGAGGUGCUAG